CUUUUAAAUGUAAAACCGUAAGUCAGACUUUUUUUCGCUAUUGGAUCCUGAAAAUAGAACCACUCAAGAUAGUAUUUAAAUAUAGUGGUAUUAAUGUACGCAGCGUAUGGGUCACAUUUGGCAUUCACCAUUUCGCAGAAGUGCAACAUAAAAAACAAAGCUAAUCUGCCAAAUAUACCUAUUAGGAGAACUCUGAGCAUGGGUGGAGCUGCCAAAGCUGCUGGUUUAAUUAACGGUGGCCAGCGCGGCUCUUUGCCAACGCAUACACCGUCACCACUACUGUUUCAGUGGCCUCCCAUACCAGUCUCAAUGUACACCAGUAACUUACGUUUAACAAUGAUGAACCAGGAUCCAAAAGACUUGCAUACAGCACGUUUAAUUAUUGGUGAACUUCGAGCCAAGGUUCGAUAUCAGGCAGAGCAUAUAAUGAAAUGGCGCAAAGCAUAUGCUGUACAAGUACAACUACAUUAUCGAUACCAAAAAGAAAAAAGCAGUCAAAUGAAUGCAUUAACAUCUCAACUGUUAUUAUUAGAAUCCCGGCUUAAACGCAAACAGAAGCAAAUUGCACAUUUGUUGAGCUUGCGGGAAGUAACAAUACAGCGACAGCACAAAAUUAUUGACACAUUGUCGACACGUUUAACUGAUAAUGGAUUAGAGACUAUUGAAGUCAACUAUGGUGCAGAUUUGGAUGUAUUGAACGAUUCAGACUCAGCAGUCGUUUUGGAAGAUAUUGAUUCAGACGUUUUCAAUUUAUGGCCACGGCAGAAGAGUAGUGGCAUAAGUACAGCUUCGUACAAUAAUGGAGAUAGUAUCACAAUUGUUCGAUCUAUCUCUGAUGCCAUUGAAACGAAUGUAAAUAGGUAUAGUAGUGGGCGACGUAAUAAUUGUUUUUUGCGACGACCCGAUAUUCUUGAAACUGUUUAUUCUGUCGAAGAAGAUCCGGAGCCACAAUCUGAUGUAGCGGAGAAACGAGAUAAAUUCAAAAAUAGUUCUGAUAAAGCAUUAAGCUCUAGUUUAACUGAAGGACAUAUUGACAACAUAGCAACAAACUCCACAACAUCGUCAGUUACUGCAUCUAACGACAAUGAUAAAACUAAAAAACAAAAUGAUAACUACCUAAAAAGUCACAGCAACACUUGCAACAAUUUAUUGCAACAACAAAAAAGAUCAUCAACUAAAUUGCGACGUACAAAUACCGAAAUUGGUUGUACAGUUUACAGCGUUAUAGUUCCACAGCCGCAAAAAUCCUUAGCAUCAAACGAUGGAACAGAUUAUAGUAAUGAAAUGCAAUGCGUUGGAAAAUCCCAAAUUACUAACUUCAAUUGCGUGAUGGACAAUCAUCGUUCUGUAGAGAAAACAAAAGACGAUAUAUAUAAAUUUACAAACAAAGUCAAAUCGAAGAGUUUAGAGGAACUGCGAGGAAGUCUGGUGGAACAUGAUUGUACUUUAGAUCCAAAUGUAGAUAAUACAGGCUGCUAUGCAUCAAGCCAUAUACCGAAAACAGUACAAUCAUACGCGUGACAAAUACCACAAUCUAGUG